ACCAGACGUUAAGUGGGUGGAAUAAACUGCUUAGCGAUAAGUUCAGUGCAUUGGUUGACCCACGUCUUCUUCUGAGUAAACUGACAGCCAAGGAAAAGUCUCUAGAUUCAGUUCCACAUGGCUGUACCUGUAAAUGGAACACCAAAGUCACGUGUAGAAGUUUAAAUCUAACAGAGAUCCCAAAACAUAUCUCCAGAGAGACAACUUCUCUGUACUUGGCAGUAAACGAGAUAGAGCAUAUUAAUCACGAACGACUGGCAAUGUUUGACAGACUCCGGGUCCUGAGUCUUCAAGAUAAUCGCUUGUCCAACCUGACGUACAAUGCGUUUACAUCGCUGGAUGGACUCAGAAAACUAUACCUAGGCAACAACCGAAUAAAUACAAUUCAUAUUGCGGCAUUCAGGGAUUUAGAAAAUCUUGAAUGGAUAUCAUUAGCAGGAAAUCCAUUGGAAACGCUCUCGGUAGAUAUCUUUACAGAUGUGAUAGAAUUAAUAAACCUGGACUUAACAGGGAUUGAGAUAGCGAAUAUAGAUGAGCGCAUGUUUCGUCAUUUACAUAAAUUACAUCAUAUUUUUGUAAAGUACCAAGCGUAUUGCUGCCAUGUUCCUCAUUUCUACUAUUGUCACGUUGACGGUGAAGACACACCCUUAAAUAAAGAACAAGUGAACACACUAUGUAGUAAUGCUAACGACUAUUAA